GCCCGGCCGGCCUGACGGAGGCGGAGCCGCGCAGGUCUCGCAGCCGUUGCCGGAACAGCCGCCGCCCGCGCUGGGGCCAUGGAGGAGUUUCACCCCCACAACGACGAGAUGAUCUUCAAUGCUGAUGAGGCCCACAACAUAGUUAAGGAGUGCAUAGAAAGUGUUUUAGGCAAGGCAGAUUAUAAUCACAACAAAGUCAACCAGUGGACUGCUGCUAUAGUAGAACAGUCACUGACACAUCUAGUAAAACUCGGAAAAACAUAUAAGUACAUCGUAACCUGUGCGGUGAUGCAGAGGAGUGGAGCUGGUCUUCACACAGCAAGCUCAUGCUUCUGGGAUACCACAACUGAUGGAACCUGCACAGUGAGAUGGGAAAACCGAACAAUGAACUGCAUUGUCAAUGUGUUUGCUGUUGCUAUUAUCCUGUAGCUGACUGGAAGAUAAAUAUAAGCAACACCGAAGCCUUUAAAAAAUAAUUAUCCAAACUCAUGGCUAAAUAUUUCAAACCAUUAUUUGUUUUUGUAUGAGGAGCAUACAGUCUAAGUCAGUUCUCGUAGAUUAAUAUCUGAAAGCUAGCAAAAAAAUUAAAAUAUAUAUAUAUAAAGAGAAAGUUUUAGUAAUUUAAAUAUUCAGACGUAUGUUAAUGAGAAGAUGCCACAAAGAUCAAUGCCAUUUAUAUCAAAGCUAAUAUCUAAGAUACUUUAUUCAAGAGGAUCAAACCACAUCAAAUCAAAGGAAAGGUCAAAGGGCAAGCAAGACCUCUCAGGAUUAUGGUGCACUUGGGAACAAAUUAUGAACACAGUUCAGAGUGGAUAUACUGUAAACCAUACUGGUGCUUCAUGUUUGAUUAAACAAAGUUAACUGUCACACUGAAUGCUGGUGCUUGUGAAGUUGCGUGAGCAUCACGUUUCGGUCAAGUGUGAACAUUUACAUGGAAAUUAAACCCAGGUAAGCUUUUCCCCUGGAGGCAGAGGAUGACUUCACUGGGACAAAGGUGAAAUAUACCUAAUCCUAGCAGAAUUCUAAUUUAUCUUCAGAAUGAAGAACAUAACGUUUGUUAUUGAUUCAGGGAAACAUGCUGGGGAUCAGACAUCAGCCCUUAAUUCAUAGUUUAUAAAUCUGAAAACAUUCUGAAGGUACUUAAAUUUGAUUUUAUUCCAUGACUGCGGAAUUUGUGGCAAGCACUUUACUGAUUCCUCAUGCAGUAGCCAGGAGCUAGGCCAGUAAGACUGGACCCACGUUCCUCAAAGUAGAAUUAAAGUGUUUGGAGAAAAGGCACACACAUUUCUAGAGGCUCUUGUUAGCUUUGAAAGCAUUUAUCUGAAAGCAACAUAACUGUUCUUUAUAGGAGUGGUUCCUAUGUUCUCCAAGUCUAGAAUUGGAUCUUAGUCCUAUGAAAUAAUACAGUUAAGUUUUAAGCACUAAGAAUUCCCCUCCUGUAAGGAUUUAUGCAAGUUGUUAACUUUGCUCAUCUGACAAGUCUUAACUUGAAAUAUUCCACAUGGAAGAAAAGCAUUUGCACACAUGCAAGUAUUUGCUGGAUUGGGGCCUACAUUUUUGUUGAUUAAUGCACAAAUUAUGUGAUAAAGAGAUGUAUCGAUACCAAAAAUGCCUAAAUGAUUGCUGCCACUAAGUGGCAGCUACAUUAAGUUGUUUUCUCAGAUGCUGCUUAAGGAUAGAAUUUUUUUCUUUAUUACUGCAUGUCUUUGGAAGAGACUGGUAACUACCUAACAGCUACCAUAAGGCUGUUCUGAAUUUUAACAAAUGAAUAUUAAAGCACUAUUACGCAGCUUUGUUUGGGGUUGUGUUGUUUUGUUUUGUAUUGGUUUGGGGUUUUGGUUUGUUGUUUUUGUUUGGGUUUUUUUUUUUCAGACAGCUGACUAUUAGGGCAUGUAGCAAGUGUCCUGUACAAAGAAGCAGCUAAAAACCAUUUCAUUGCUUAGACUGUGUAUGCAUAUAGCUAGUAUGAGACUACAGAAGGAACGUGUACGUGUAAUUCACGAUACCGUUCCAAAUCUUUUGCUUUGCAGACAAAUAGAAUUCCGCUUUUACCUAAGCGCAAGUAAAAUUAAUACUGUAAUAUUGCAUUUGCCUAACAGGCAAGUGUAACGUGCAGAUGUAUGUGUAUGUUGUACUGACCUUCAAAUGUACAGUAAUGUAAUAUUAUUGGGUUAGGACAGCAAUUUCUCAACUAGGUGCCAGCAUCCAAGAGCUGAGUUGUGGAACUGACAAAAAUGCAGUAGUUGCACUGAUGUUUGGGAUUGUGCAAAGUGAAAAAAUAAGUGGGGUACCAACUGGAAAAAGGUUUGGUACGAUUGAUACAGUUUAAGAAGUGGGUAAGUAAAAAUAGCAGUGGCUGUUACCCCCUUUAGUGGGCAUUCAGGUGCCGUGGUCAGAAGAAAUAUUCUGAAUAGCCACUUGUAAUCUCAUUUGGUAUUUUUGCUUUACUUGAAAACAAGUUGCACUGAGUAAGACUAUCGGUUUAAUGUGGCUUGGCGAAGGUUCUGCUGCAGAAGAAACCUAGAAAAUACUGUUUAAUUAUAAGACUGCUUCAUUUUUCUUUCUACCAAAAAAAAAAUAAAGUUUUGCCUUAGUUGUA